CCUUGCAACUGUAAUAGACAUUACCCACUUUUUAGGGAUAAGCAAGUGUGUGGUGAGCACAUAAGUACAGGGAGGCAUUCUAGAAUAUUCUAAGGAUUUUUUAAGCUCUCCUAAAGCAGGCCACCCGGCUGCUGUUUGGGCCUUCUAUGCUGUGUUGCUGCAGCAGGUGCUGCCCGAUGGGACUCAGGGCGGCGCCUGGUAAGAGAAAAGCUUUUAAACAUUUGCUUCUAAAAACCACUCUCCCUGCAUCUCUGAGAAGCACCCAGCUGGUGUUUAUCCUACACCGCAGCAAAUUCGGUUAUUUAUCUCCCUAUUCCGUAAUGUAUUUUAUAAAGUAGUGAAUGGUCCAUUAAAGUAAGUUUGGGUAUCUGCCUCCUUACAGCCACCUCCUUGCUGGUACCCUCAGCCGGGGAGGCCGUUGUCGUGGGCUGCAGCCUUCCAGUCUGCAUUCCCCUCCCUCCGCCACCUCCCUUUCGUCCCUCCCUUCCCUCGCUCCCCUCCCCCUGGUUAUUUGGGAGAUUAGAGUUCAUUAAUUAAAUCCUGUGCUUAGAUCGAACUGUAACAUUAUUCCAAUCACAUUUAUCUUGCAGGCGGCGGCGGAGAUGGCAGCCUAGCUGCAAACGCGUGGGGGAGCCUGAGCCGGCGGCCGGAGACGCACGGCGCGGCGCGCUCCAUCGCCACGCCGCCGCGUAGACCCACCAUCUUCCUGCUCUGAGCUCGCCAGGCUCGCCCCUGCCCUAGGGGUCCCGCUGCUCUUCCCGGCUCCUGCACCUCACCCACCACCCCCGGCCUGCUGCCGCCCCGCUGCCCCUGCCCGGGUCCCCCUCCCCCGCCACACAGGCUCACACGCGCCCGCGAGCACACACACGCGCGCACACACACGCUGACACGCCAGCGAGCUGCUGGCCGCUCAAUGGACCGAUUUUCCCGGUUUCCCUGAGCCCAACCCAGACCGGGAUGAGAAAUUGCAAAAUGGCCCGGGUCGCCAGUGUCCUGGGGCUGGUCAUGCUUAGCGUCGCCUUGCUGAUUUUAUCGCUCAUCAGCUACGUGUCCCUGAAAAAGGAAAACAUCUUCACCACUCCCAAGUACGCCAGCCCGGGGGCGCCCCGAAUGUACAUGUUCCACGCGGGAUUCCGGUCACAGUUUGCGCUGAAGUUUCUAGAUCCGUCAUUUGUGCCCAUUACGAAUUCUCUCACCCAGGAACUCCAAGAGAAACCUUCUAAGUGGACAUUUAAUCGGACAGCGUUUUUACAUCAAAGGCAAGAAAUCCUUCAGCAUGUCGAUGUAAUAAAAAAUUUUUCUUUGACCAAGAAUAGUGUUCGGAUCGGACAACUGAUGCACUAUGAUUAUUCCAGCCAUAAAUAUGUUUUCUCUAUUAGCAAUAACUUCCGCUCACUGCUUCCAGAUGUGUCACCCAUUGUGAAUAAGCACUAUAAUAUUUGUGCUGUGGUUGGAAAUAGUGGGAUACUGACAGGGAGCCAGUGUGGACAAGAAAUAGAUAAAUCAGAUUUUGUUUUUCGUUGCAAUUUUGCCCCCACGGAGGCUUUCCAAAGAGAUGUUGGAAGGAAAACCAACCUUACUACCUUCAACCCCAGUAUCCUGGAAAAAUAUUACAACAAUCUUUUGACCAUUCAGGACCGUAACAACUUUUUCCUCAGUUUAAAAAAGCUUGAUGGGGCCAUUCUUUGGAUCCCAGCAUUUUUCUUUCACACUUCUGCAACAGUUACGAGAACAUUAGUUGACUUUUUUGUUGAACACAGAGGUCAGUUAAAGGUCCAGUUGGCUUGGCCUGGAAAUAUAAUGCAACACGUCAACAGGUACUGGAAAAACAAACAUUUGUCGCCCAAACGGCUGAGCACAGGUAUUCUUAUGUACACCCUUGCAUCAGCAAUAUGUGAAGAGAUCCACUUGUAUGGAUUUUGGCCUUUUGGAUUUGACCCCAACACAAGGGAAGAUCUUCCAUACCAUUACUAUGACAAAAAAGGAACCAAAUUUACCACCAAGUGGCAGGAGUCCCACCAGCUGCCUGCUGAGUUUCAGCUGUUGUACCGAAUGCAUGGGGAAGGGCUCACUAAACUGACUCUGUCACACUGUGCCUAAGAACUUCAAAUGGAAAGUGCCAAAUGGCUGUUUAAAAAGUGCCCCAAAUCAAAUUGAAUAGUCUUCAGAAUAGAACCCCAGAGACUGUCUUACAAGACUUGACUACCACUUAAAAGGAAAGAUGUCUUCUCCUCCCUCUUUUGCACUGCUCUUUGAAAUGGUCUUAGUAGACUUAGCAGAACAGAUGCAUUGGAGCCACAUAGUUUAAACUUGAUUGAUAAAGGAAUGUUGCAUUUGGAAGUAUGCUGCUAACAAAAUGAUUCAAAGUAUUUUUGUGUUUGUAUUUUAAUAAUUAACUGCCUCCCAGGCGGAUGAGGAGUUAGAGCUGUAGUCUACAGCUCAACUCAGAUGCAGUCCUCAUAAUCAGAGGCCUCUGGACAAUUGGGGCAAGAUCUGUUUUGUCAGUGGGAUCAAACUCUU